AUGGAUUUCGCUUUUCUAAAACACCUACGGAGAAUAACUGAUGAAGACGAACGAUUGGUGACUAUAACACUUCUCAUUGAUAUCACUUCAAAUUUGAUCAAUGAUAAAGCCAAUCAUCGACAUCAUACGUUACCUGCUAGUUACGUACAAGAAAUGUUUGAGAAAUAUUCAGGCGCGAUGCAAUGUCUUUCCGUAAUCGGGUUCAAAAAGAUAAAUGAUGAUUACGUAUUCAAUCAAACAAUUUCCGAUAAUCAUCUUCAAGAACUCAUGACGGCCCUUGAAAAUGAGUUGGAAUCAAAACCUGCCGAUCGAUGUGAUCAAAUGAAAUGCACUAGUCAAGAUCUUGGUAUUGUCGACGAUGACAAACGAGCACCUUCGUUAAUCUCAUUGCAUAAUCUAGCUAUUCCUGCUCAGUUUAGUCGCAUUGUCUCUUUCGUAUCAACAUUAGAACGUGUCCAGUCUUACGAAGAUGUCAACCUUCGUCGGUAUAUUCGUUCGUCAAUUGUUCCCCUGGAAGAUUUCAAUCGACGUAUAAGCAAAAAGAAAGAUGUAACAGAUCUCCAGAAACGCGACUUGUUAUUAGUGGAGUUGUUGCGGUGGUUCAAGGAAGAGUUUUUCACUUGGUUUGAUCGACCUAAUUGCGAACGAUGUCGAACUGUUAUGGAGUUUGCUGAUCACACACAACCGACAAGAGAGGAACGAGAACAAGGUGAUGCACAUCGAGUUGAACUCUAUCGAUGUGCAACUUGUCUAUCGGAAUUUCGUUUUCCUCGUUUCAAUGCUCCUUCGAAAUUACUCGAAACUCGGACUGGUCGUUGUGGUGAAGCUGCAAAUCUCUUCUCCUGUUUAUGUCGUGCAUUAGCUUUUCCAACUCGCUAUAUUUAUGAUACAACGGAUCAUGUUUGGACAGAAGUCUAUUCGGAAAGUGAACGACGUUGGCUACAUUGUGAUGCUUGUGAAAACCUAUGUGAUUCUCCACUUGUCUAUGAAAAAGGAUGGAAGAAAGAACUUUCGUUUUGUAUUGCAUUCGCUAAAGAUCAUGUGAUGGAUGUGACAUGGAGAUAUGUGACGAAUUUCAAAUUAACAAUCAGAAGAAGAAAUAUAGAUGAAAAACAUUUUUGUAAAACUAUAUUUGAUAUAAAUCGAAAAGUUCAAUCGCAACUCGAUCAACAAGAAAGAAAACAACUUAUUUCCACCCAGAUUCGAGAUCUUGUUAGUAUGUUAAAGGAACAAAAUGUAUCGAAAGAAAGUGAAUUACAUGGACGACAAAGUGGUUCGUUGGGUUGGAAAUUAUCACGAGGAGAAACUGAUCAGCAAGAUGAUAUAAUCAAUCGAUAUAUUUUUUCAGUCGAAAAUUCCGAAUGUGAAAAGGGUUUGAUCUCGAUUGAAUAUGAUUCAGUCUUGGAUAAAUAUUUUCGUAACAAAAUCGAAGAAAACAAAGUGGAUGGUUGGACUGACCGAGUUUAUUCAUGUUCGAAUAUUCAGAGAAAAGUAGAAAGAGAUUGGAAAAUGGUUUACUUAUCCAGGAAGCAAUUAAACUCGAAUGGAUUCAUUUCAUGGUGUAUUCAACUUAAACCUGAACAAGAAGAAUUUUAUCAGUUUCAUCAAAUAUCUAUUCAAUGUCCAACAGUUACUUUCGAUCAACAAGCGAAAAUUGUUUGUCAAGUACAACUCCAAGAUGAUCAACUUAUCGACAUACCACAAAAUUCCAAUUCCUCGUUUGAAUAUAUUAUAACCGAGAAAAACGUCUACCGAAUUAUUUUUAAAAUUACUUUAUCAAGUUCGAAUGAUCACAAUGAUAAUAAUGCAUGGCAAAAAGCACAAUUAUUUCGACAGUCAACUGUGCAGCAAGCUACUGGUGACCAAUCACAUUUUCUUAAAGUUAUUUCAACUAUUGUUAAAAAGAUAUAG